AUGAGAUUGGCGGUGAAGAGAAACUUCGGGUACACCCUCUCAACGGCAGGAACCUUCAGCCUAACCCUCUCGAUCUGCCGGACCUCCGCUUGUGUGGUGCUCGGCUGCUUCAACUUGCCUGCACAAAACCAAACGGAAUCAGCUUUAAAACAAGGAGAGCGAGACCUGCGAGCCCUACCGAACGGUAGGAUAGCCUACCGGCGAUUUGGAACGUGGUUGGAAUGUGGAAAACGGACGGGGUGUCCCGAGGGCGACUCCCAGUCACCGGACAAAAGCGCCCGCUGUUUCCUCCAUGUCUUCUGUGAGGUCGGGACGGCAUUGACGAAGUGA